AUGCGGGAGCCCGGCGCGGAGCCCGGCGCGGAGGCGGCGGAGCUGCUGCCCUUUCUGGCGUGCGGGGCGAGGCCGGACCUGCAGGCGGCGGCGGCGCUGCACGUGCUGGCGCUGACCGGCUCGGAACCGGGCCGCCGGCUGCUGGCGGGGCAGGCGGCGCUGCUGCGGGCGCUGGCCGAGCUGGGGGCCCCGGCCCCGGCCCCGGCCCGCGACGCCGCCCGCGCGCUCGUCAACCUGGCGGCCGACCCCGCCCUGCACGCGCCGCUGCUGGCGGCCGCGCCGGGGCUGCCCGCCCGCCUGCUGGGCCGCGCGCUGGACCCGCGGUGGCCCUCCGACGAGGCGGCCGCCGUGCUGGCCAACCUCAGCCGCGAGCCCGCGCCGGGCGCCGCGCUGAUGGAGGCGCUCGCGGCCGCCGGGCCGGGGGGCGCGGGCCUGGAGCGCCUGGUGCGCGCGCUCUGCACGCCCGGCUACAACGCCCGCGCGCCCCUGCACCACCUGGGGCCCGCGCUGGCCAACCUCAGCCGCCUGCCCGCGGCGCGCGCCUUCCUGCUGGACCCCGACAGGCGCGCGGUCCCGCGGCUGCUGCCCCUCACGCAGUGCCCGGACUCCUCGGUGCGCAGGGGCGGCGUGGUGGGGACGCUGCGGAACUGCUGCUUCGACCACCGAUACCACGAGUGGUUGCUCGGGCCAGAGGUGGACAUUCUCCCCUUCUUGCUGCUGCCCUUGGCCGGGCCUGAAGAGUUCUCCGAGGAGGAGAUGGAGCGGCUGCCCGUGGACCUGCAGUUCCUGCCCGCAGACAAGCAGCGGGAGCCUGACGCCGACAUCCGCAAGAUGCUCAUUGAGGCCAUCAUGUUGCUGACCGCCACAGCCCCUGGCCGGCGGCAGGUGAGGGACCAGGGGGCCUACUUGAUCCUGCGUGAACUGCAUGGCUGGGAACCAGAGCCCGAUGUGCGGGUGACCUGUGAGAAACUCAUCCAGGUGCUCAUCGGGGACGAGCCGCAGCCUGGCAUGGAAAACCUGCUGGAGGUGCAGAUACCUGAUGACGUGGAGCAGCAGCUGCAACAGCUGGACCGCCAGGAGCAGGAGCAGUGUGAGCGGGAGCGGCAGGAGCAGCCACUGGCCCCUGAGGCACUGUCAGAGGGCGCUGCGCCCAGCUGAGGCCCCGUGGCCCCUCCCAGCCCGCCUGUGCCAGCCCACCAUCCAGCCUGCCAGCACAGCCGGCUCCCAACCCCCUUGAGGGCAAUGAAGCAGAGCCCUUGUGUCAGCGGCAGGUCUGUGCUGAGGGAGACUCGCCGUUGAGGCCCCCCAGCCUGCUCUGGGAGGAUAACCAGGAGCACCGGUCAGCCAGAGCCCACCAGGCCCGCCUUGGGAAUGGCCAGUGCGGCAUGAGCUCCUCCCCGGGCCCUUCAUCCUUAGUUCGGCCUGCCUGAGACCAGCCUCAGAGACCGACUCCUGGUGACAGUCUCCAGCUACCGUCUGUCCCAGGGCUCCUGGGUCGCACCCCCAGCCUGUCCUUGGAGUCCUGGCUGUGUGCUGCCCUCUGCCCCGGCCAGCUUCAGUGCCUCCCCCGCCCUGGUCCAACCUGCUGCCCCUCCCCCGGACUCCUGCCCAGCACCGCCUGAGCCUCCCUGAGGAGCCCACCUUCCUCCCACUGCCCUCUGCCAUGUGGAGCCUGGUUCUCUCCUGGCUUCUUGUGUGCUGCCCCAUCUCCAGGGCCUCCGAGCACUCCCUGAUGGAGGUCCACCUCCGGCCAGAAUCCAGGGCUCCCCCCACGAGUGACGAGGUGCUUCGCCUGGCUCCUGUGAGGCCUGCUGUACCUCCUGGGCCUGGUGCCCCUCCCUCGCCCCCCAUUACAUUUGUGACUUGGAGUCGUGUGGACCGUUGUUCUCCGGGUGUCCGCUGGGGCUUGGCCCGCGCCUACCCUAGACCAGCACGGGCUCCACAGGAUCCACGCUUUAUCUGGCCUCUCCCAGCCCUCAGUUGACCAGAUGGUGCCCAGGCACACUCCCGAUGGCGGACAUGGAGCAUAGCGACGGCGGCUGCCGGAGGGCACCCGGCCCUGCCCACCCUGCACCCUGUCUCCCCGGGCU